ACGACACAUUCACCGUUCCCCCUAGACGCGUCCUCUCCUACCAAUGAAACCCUAACAGGAUCCAUCUGCAUGCAUGGGCGAAGCACUCCAAGGCUUUGAUGACGGCCAUUUCAUCGAUGUUCCAUGCUGCUGGGCCUUUCGAUGAUGCGGGCCAAAAGGUCCAACACUGUCAUUCAACAAUGUUUCAACCCUUGGAACCUGCAGCUUCGAAGGGUGAAGCGAUUGAAAUGGCCUCCUUUGCCCCAUCGCUAGCAACCUUCACCCAUCAUCACCACCGAUUGAGUCUUUUGCAUUCGCGCCAUGGAGAACGAGACCAAACAGGCCACACGGCUCCUCCAGGCCCAACGAGUGCAGGAUCGAGAUGAGCAGGCAUUCGGCUGGAUCCGAAAUCGCUUCUCCUCCCAAGCUGGCACCGAGUUUACCUACCGAGAAAUCAACAAGGUUCUGGCCGAAGUCGUUGAGUCGAACGGCUCGCUGGGUGUUGUCAAGGCCUUGCUGGCUCUUGGCGCCGAUGUCAACUUCGUCCGCCGGAGGAACUCGAACACGUGGAACAAAUUCACGCAGCGAAACCACCAGGGUGAGAGAAGCAACCUUCUCCUGCGAGCUACAAUCCGCUGCCGGCCCGAGACUGUCGACGCAAUUGCCGCCCACGCCGAUCAAGAAAAUCUCGACAGCGUCCUGCACCACGCCAUAGUCAGGGGCAAUCUUGCAGUUCUCCGAGCUUUACUCAACCACGGAGCAAGCCCGGUCCAGCUGCAUGACGACUUCCAGAAUGUCGUCUUCAACGAUCAAGUCGAACUGAUCAAGGUUCUCUUGUCCGGGCACCACCUGCCUUGCCUGGCUUGCCGUUCUACCAGCCUUCGGAUUGCUGUUGAGAACCGGUCGCUCGAGGUCCUGCGUCUGCUGCUCGAUCACUGGGCCGACGUCAACUACGGAGAUGCAAUCGCAUUGAUACGGGCCGUCGAGCUUUCUCGUCCAGAUAUUCUCACUAUCCUCCUGUCCGGUACAGUCCGGCCUUCACCCCGAUCCCUUGACGCCGCGGUGGGAAAGGUUCAGGACCUCAUCGCCGAGAAAGAUAGUUCUGUAAACUGCCAACUCCUUGAACUAUGCUUGGAGGCUGGUUCCACUGGACCGGAAACGACGCGUCUUAUUACCCAAGGAGUACUCCAGGCUGUCAAGCGAGGACACAUUCGUCUUUUGGAUACGAUUCUGCGAUACAAGAGACUACCGAGCCAACACGAAGCCGUCGCUCUAACCGAGGCAGUCCGUACCGAGCAGCUGGAUGUCGUUGCUAAACUGUUGGAAUUCAGACCAUGUCCAACGAGUCUCACUCUUGCCGUGUCGCAGGCGCUUAGCGUUAGCGACAGGCUUCGAUAUGAGACUGUCAAACUCCUAAUCGCGGCGGGCGCUCAGGGAGCUUGUGUUGCCGAGGCUCUUGUCAAGGCUACGCACUGUCUCGUCGCCAGCCUCAAGCGUGGCGACAAGAAGAACAUUGAGCGGGACAAUGGAAUCUUUCGCCUUAUUCUCCGCGAGGGAAAAGCAGAUGUUGAUUUUGGAAACGGCGAAGCCCUCCAGAUAGCCGUCCGAGCAUCAUGUCUUGACAUUGCCAAGGAGAUUGUCUCAAAAGAGCCGUCUCCUGACUCUCUAGGGGCAGCACUGUCUUGGGCUAUGGAGAUCCCAAAUGCCCAGACGAAACGGGCGCUGAUUGAGUUGCUUCUCCGUCGAGAGGUGAAUCAGGAUGCCGCUGGCAAGGCACUGGUUGGAGUUCUAAAAGGGGACCCUGGAAAUACGGCCCUUGUUGAGUUGCUUCUCACUCGCUCCUCUGUAAACUACAACAACGGGGAGGCUUUCAUUUACGCCGUGCGAAACUUCCGGGCAGAAACUUUCCACCUGCUUCUGAGCCAAGGUAUCGGAUACAAGGCGCUGUUCACAACCCUCCUUGAGGCAUUAAAAGUCCCAAGACCGGACAGAAGACUGCUGCUCAGUGAACUGAUAAACCGGCUGCAACUCGAUCACCUCAACACAGCGUUGAAGCACGUUGUGCUCGAGGAGAAUGCUGACCUGCCACUGGUGAAGAUGCUCCUUGACUCAGGAGCUGAGCCGAUGCAUGAGGAUGGAGUAUGCAUCAAGCAUUCCGCCUCUAAGCUCGAUUACGAGCUUUUGAGUCUGCUCUCCGAAGCCUCGGGGCCUAAUGAAGGGAUUUACACACAGGCUUUCGCGGCCAUCAUCAACCGCGGAAAGAAGUGGAUCGCUUUUGAGCAUGCUGAGGUUGUGGGAAUUGUGGUCCGAUACGGCGCGUCGCGCCAGAUCUCCAGCAGAGCCAUGGUGGACAUUAUCGACCACCUCGUUUGCCAGCCGUCUCAAGAAGACUUAGCUAAGGCCCUUCUAGAUAAAUUGUUCGCUGCCGGGGUGGAUGUUAACCACGAAAACGGGAAAGCGGUCAGCAUCGCCGCGAGCCGAGGCGAUCCCCGCCUCCUUGCCUACCUGCUAGCGAAUGGUGCUACUUCGUCGACGACCACCCUUGCCCUCACAGCAGCCAUUAUGGCCCAUCACGACGAGUCCGCACUUUUGCAGCUCAUUGACAUCUUCGACAAACAACAAUCGGGCGUCCCGGACUUCAAUAAGUCCAUACCUGGCAUGCCACCGCCGAUCUUGCUCUGUCUAAAGUCCUACGGAACAUCGGUACCGAUCCUCGACAGGCUGGUCAAGGCCGGGUGCCACUUAGAGGGAACCAUUCCGAUGCAGAUUUGCUCCCCCAAAGUUGUAGAGAAAGAAGGAGAGGUGAUCGACCCAGGGCUGGAGCCAGCUUCUGUGCUCAUGUGGGCCUUACUUCAAGAGGCCGACUUCAUAAGUGUCGAGGUUCUGACUGCUCUGCUUGGCCACGGAGCGGAUUUCUCGUACACCACGCCACGGUCACGGACUACGCCGUUAUUGCUGGCAGUGAGAUCCGGGCGUACUGACGUGGCAAAGAUUCUCUUGGAAGCCGGAGCAAGAGUCUCUGCCAAGGAUGCCUUCGGACACUCUGCACUGUUCUAUGCUUCCCGUGCAGGGAACGUGGAGUUGGUUGCGCUUUUGUUGAAGAGUAAGCCCAUUGUGAAUGACGGUAGCUUGCACGAGGCUUCGCGGGGCUUUCACGUCCAAACGAUGAAGCUCCUUCUCGACGCAGGCCAUGACCCCAACUAUCGAUCAAGCAAGCACGGGGGACGCACGGCGUUGGGCGAGAUGGCGCUGAAAGCUGUUGUCCCGCAAGACGCUGCGAUGGCAGAAGAAGCCAUCGAUCUUCUUUCGGCUGUCGAUGCCAGCCCGCUUCUAAAGGUCCACGGCAAGACCGUGAUCUUUCUCGCCCUAGACAACCGGAACAACGAAAUGAUAACGCGGCUCCUGCUGGAUCGGAUGCUCUACAAGACGCUGAACAGUCAUGAAAACACGUAUCAACAGGGCAUCUACCACUACUCUCCAACCAUGUAUGUCUCCAAAGGUAUUUUGCUUGGGCCGCACCCUGAGAGCCUUCUCCAACUCCUGCAAGCCCAUGGUGCCGAAGAUCGCUUCUACGCCACCAUGGAAGAAACCCAACCUCCAGACGCCGCCGGCCUCCCGGAAGAGAUCCGCGAGUUUGAGCGCGAGCGGCGGGCGCGCGAACGGCAGAAGCGGCUCCAGGAGGAAGAGCACGCAGCCACACUUCGGCGGGAGCGCGAAAAGGCGCAGACGUACCUGCAGCUCCGCGACGAGGAGCACUCGAUGACACUCCGGCAAUCGGACGAGCUCUCGCAGCAGCAGCGCCGGCACCGCGGGCUCGACCACCAGCAGUCGCUGCAGCUCAAAGCCGAGGCGCACCACGUCAACGCCGAGAUCCGCACCAGCGAGGCGAACCUGCACUCGAGCAUCCGCUGGCAGCGCCACGCCGACGACCUUGCCAUGCUCGCGCAGAAGCGCGAGGCGGACGCGGCCCACCGCCACCAGGCGCACCUGCAGGGGCUCGACGAGCGCCGCGACAAGGCGCGGGUGGCGGACGAAACGCGCGAGCUCCGCCACGCGCGCAGCCUGGCGCACAUGCGCGACGUGCAGCGGCAGAAGUGGGCUGAGAAGGAGGAGCGCAAUAGGCAGCAGCUCGAGUUUGAGAAUUUGAGGAUGGUGCAGGAGUACGAGUACCGGUGGAAGAAGAGGCACCAGCUCGAGAGGGAGAGGAUGCAGGAGAAGGAGCGCAUGCUGGCUGAGCGGGACGGGAGGAAACGUGCGGGAGUGAAGGAGAAGCAUGAGAUGAAGAUGACGGAACUUCGCACGCAGAGGGGGAAUAUUAUUGGGCAGGUUAACCUGGAUGAGCUGAGGAGAUGGCAGGCGAGUCAGGGGCAAGGUAAGGAUUUGAGUCAAGGGAUGGGUUUGACGCAGGGUAUGGGGAACAGGGUAAAAUUAUUGACGACUUGAUGUGGUGUUUUGGUUUGGAUGCUACUGUUGCUUGCGUGGAGUUUCGGGCAAUUGGGAAGGGGACGGGGUGAUUGUUGUUUUCAGGGGUUGGUAGUUGGCGUUGGUUGCUUGGAACUUGGAAGGAUAGCCUGGUCUGUGUUAUCGACUUCAGGGCGCUUACAGUUUCAUCACGAGAAUGUCUUUCUUCAGUUCUCGAAAGCAAGAAUUAGUAUGCCUGCUGUCCAUUCUCAUUUUUUUCAAUUUCCAGUUGAAGCUCGCGCACCUUCACCCUUUCAAUAUUCGUUCAGCAACUAUGCACAUAUGUAGUAGGCCAGAUAGGGGCUAACCAAGACCGCUGUGGUUGGCCUGGCAACAAGGGGUUCCGAGGU